AGGGUGUGCAGGCGAGGGAGGCACCACAGCGCGUCCAGACACCGUGGAGAGCAGUGCACACUCUCUCCCGUUUUACUGGACUUAGCUGCCGUGUUUGAUUGUUCUUGAGGUGUUUCGGGGUGUUUUGUUGCCAUGAAGGCUCUUGUGGUCUUGCUCUUAGGGCUCUUGGUGGUGUGUGAGGCCAAGAAGAAAGAGGGUUUCCAAGAGGACUUUGAAUUUGUGGAGGAUGGGAAAGACCGCGCAGGGACAUCGGGAGAGCGCAGGACCUGGAUGCUGGACCCUGACAAUGCGCUGUGCGGCCUCCUGCGUUGCGGACGACGUGAAGUGUGUCUGCUGCAAGACCGGUUCACGGCCGUCUGCGUCAACAAGGCGGAAGUGACCAGGAACGGGGACAAGAUUAUCCCCUUGAAGGACGCCAACUCCGCCUCAGACCAGGAACUCCCGAGACCGUGGGACACCCUGGCGCAGUGUCCCUCUUGUCCUGUGGUAAGGCCAGUCUUCCUCUGUGGCUCCGACAACAGAACAUACUCCUCUCUAUGCCGCCUGCACUAUCACAAUUGCAUACAUGAAGCCAACGUCCAUGUUGCAUGCAAAGGAUUCUGUCCUUGUAAAGAGAAAGCACGGGGGACGCGACAUGGCGGACAAGUACAACAACCGCGUCCGGAGUCGCUUCAACAAGGCCAAGGGAUACAAGAAGAACGGCGGCUACAAGGGCGAGCGAGGCGGCGGCAGGAACAGCGGCGACGACAGCAGCAGCAACUACAGCAAGUACGGCAAGGACACCUACAGAAAGAUGGACAAGUACAAUGCCCACCGGCAGUGGUCUCGACGCACCAACGACCCGACCCGCCUCGCCUCCAACACCGUCUGGGGACCCAAUGAAUGCACGCAGGACGCCCUCGAAGCCAUGGGGAACCGGAUGCUGGACUGGUUCUCCGUCAUCAUGGCCGACUCCCGCAGACGAACCAACUCCGUCACGAAAGCUCCCUCCUGGUGCAAGCCUGAGGUCUCCUGGAUGCUGGGUCACCUGGACGGGGACAGCGACGGCCGACUGAGCGUGAAGGAACUGUACCAGCUGGAGCACGAUGACCACGAGCGAUGCAUCAAGCCCUUCAUUGACCGAUGCGAUCUGGAUAGGGAUAUUUUCUUGUCUGCCCGAGAGUGGUGCAAAUGCUUCGACAAGUCAGAGCGCCCUUGUGCCGCCCUGCGCAAAGCCAGCAAGGGUCUGCUAGGCGGCUACAUUCCCGAGUGCGACAGCGAGGGCUACUAUCAGCCGACGCAGUGCCACGCGGGGGCAGGUGUGUGCUGGUGUGUGGAUAGGCACGGCGUCGAGCUGCCCAGUACCCGCACACACAGCACUCCCAACUGUGAUGCGAUAGUGAACAGCCAAGAGGUGAGCAGCAGCGACCGCCGUCCCUCAACGCCCUCGACGCGCUCUCGACGUCUCCGUACUUCUUCACUUCUGAGAUCCGCUGGAUUUGAAGACGUUCGUUUAUGUUUACCUCCCGCUUUUGGAGUUUAUUUUAUUUCCUCUUCUCGGACGUCCUUAAAGGUCUCGAACAGACUGCGAGGUGUUCCGUUUUUUAUUUUAUUUACCCCGCUACUUGAGGGACGUCCUGAAAACCAAAAG